AUGGCUGAUUUGAAGACUUCAUUUUUAACUUUUUGCGAUGCCGUCAAAAAGGGUUCUACGACUUGCACGGACAAAACGCUUAAACGAAUAUGCACUGAUUGCAGGCUUUACUGUAAAGGUCUUGACGCGAAUGGCGUUGACAUCGAGUUUCGAAAGCAAAUAGGAAAUGCAAAAAAAGACGUGGAUUACGACGGCUUUUGCAAUUUCAUAGAGGGUCACUUCGCUGCCGCAUACAUGAAAGCAAAGAAAAUGACACACGAGGAAGCGGUGAAUGAAAUAAAGUCGAAGAUUGCAAAUGGUUCUCCUGUCGGUCACGCAACCACGUCUGUCAGCAAGGACUCUGCAACGGCAAGACUGACGGAUCACACUGGAUACACUGGGUCACACAAGGAACGCUUCGACAUGGAAACUGGAAAAGGGAAAGGGAUCGCUGGUCGAGAAGAACAAAUCAGUGAAAAAGCAAAGGAGGGUUAUGUGAACGCCUAUAAGGAGAUGGGCACAUAUGAUAAAAAGAAAAAGUGA